AUGAUACUUUUCAAGUCUUCAAAUUUAUUAAAAAACAAUUUUUUAAAAUCUGUUUUGGUUUCAAAUGCUUCAAUAACAACACAACAACAGCCACAAACACGCCCAAAUGUUGUUUUAAUUGAUGCUGUUCGAACACCUUUUGUUGUAUCCAAUACAGUUUUUAGAGAACUUUUGGCAGUGGAUUUGCAACGACAUGCUUUGAGAGCUUUGGUUGACCGAACAAAUGUACCUUUUGAAGAUAUUGGACAUAUAAUUUGUGGGCAAGUUGUACAAGAAUGUAGAACUAGCAAUAUAGCACGGGAAGCAGCAAUUACUGCUGGGUUUCCUGAUUCUAUUCCUUGCAACACAGUUACUCUAGCCUGUAUUUCCUCUGCUAUUUCAACUCAAAAUAUUGCCUCAAUGAUUACUAAUGGAUAUUUAAAGGCAGGGAUUGCUGGAGGAGUUGAGUUACUUUCUGACUUUCCUGUUAGAUAUAAUCGAAAGGCUCGCCUUUCAAUGAUUGAUUUUCAAAAAGCAAAGAAACUCGAUGCAAAACUUAAAUAUGGAUUUAAAAUGCUGGCUAAUUGGUUUACCCCAGAAUUACCCGCAGUUUCCGAAUUUACAACAGGCGAAGUUAUGGGCAAUUCUGGUGAUCGUUUGGCGGCUGCUUUUUGUGUUUCGCGAAAAGAGCAAGACGAUUUUGCCAUUCGUAGCCAUACUUUUGCCGAAAAAGCAACAAAAGAAAAUAAAUUAACAGAUGUAGUGCCAAUGUUUGUACCUUAUGGACCUAAAAAGGGUCAAACAGUUUUGGCUGAUAAUGGAAUUAGAGUUUCUACAAAAGAACAAAUGGCUAAACUUAAAGCUGCUUUUAUUAAACCUCAUGGAACUGUGACUGCUGGAAAUUCUUCUUAUUUAACUGAUGGGGCAUCGGCAGCUCUAAUAAGUUCAGAAUCUUAUGCACUUCAAAAAGGUUAUAAACCCAAAGCUUUUAUUCGUGAAACAAUGUUUGUGGCUCAAGACCCAAAAGAUCAGCUUUUGCUUAGUCCGGCUUAUGUUAUUCCAAAAUUAUUGGAUAAGGCUGGUCUUAAAUUACAAGAUGUUGAUGUUUUUGAAAUUCAUGAAGCAUUUGCUGGUCAAUUGUUGGCAAAUUUGAAAGCUUUGGAUUCUGAUUGGUUUUGUCAGAAUUACAUGAAAAGAAAUGCAAAAUUUGGAACUCUCCCAAUGGAAAAGCUCAAUUUGUGGGGUGGUUCGCUUUCACUGGGACACCCAUUUGGCGCUACUGGUGUCAGACUUUUGGCGCAUGCUGCUAAUCGUUUAAAGGAUGAAGGUGGUCGUUAUGCAGUAAUUGCUGCAUGUGCAGCUGGUGGUCAUGGUGUUGGAAUGCUUGUUGAGGCAUAUAAAUAA